AACCUCCGGGUCAUUACUUUCUACCUCCCGGUGCUUCUUGAGUCAGUCCGUCCAUGGCCCUGGCCGCUGCGGACCGGAGCCGGGCCCCGGUGGUGUUCGGGCUUCGGGCGGUGCCGCGGCUGUUUGAGGAGCUGCAGAGGCCGGAGCCGGAGCACAAGACUCGGGCUCUGAACUCUCUGUGUGACCUGCUCCAUGAACCAGAGCGCCUCUACCAGACCGUCACCUCAGGUCUGCUGGAGCAGCUCGGUCCUCUGCUACGAGACUCAGACUCUGGAGUGAGGACUCGAACCUGUGACCUGCUGCACCUGGUGUCCGCCCACGCCAUCGGACGCCGGGCGCUCCUCUCCUCCUCGCUGCUCGGGCCUCUCUCCCUGCUCCUCGAUGAUCCGGACCCCGACUGCAGAGUCUCAGUCCACCGAGUCCUGAACCGCCUCUGCCUCCUGCCCUUAGGAGCCGAAGCUUUACUGAGUUUGGUCCCAAAACUGAUCCUCAAACUGAGAGGGAGAGUCCAGGAAACAGACGAGGAGCUAGGAGGCAAGGGAGGAACUGAGGAGCUAGGAAGGAAGGAAGGAACUGAGGAGGGAGAAAAGAAGGUUGUAACUGAUGAGGAACUAGGAAGCAAGGAAGCACAGGUACAGGGAGGGAGCAAGGAAGGAGCUGAGGAGACAAGAGUGGAGCUAGGAGACAAGGAAGCAAAUGAUGAGCUAGGAAGAACGGAAGAAGAAGAGAGAGGGAGCAAGGAGGCAGAGGAAGGAGGAGACGAACAAGGAGACACAAAGGAGGAGGAGUUGGUUCUGCUCUUGUCCACUCUGGCCCGGUGCAUUCGCCUGGAUGCCCUCCCGGCUCUGGCCUCCGGGGCCGUGGAGCUGCUCCGGCACAAACUCACUCACGGAUCGGCUCAUGUGCGCAGAGAGGCAGCCGCCGCCCUGCUGGCCCUCAGUGUUCCUGUGGAGGGGAAGCAGCAGAUCUGUGCUCUGGACUUGCUCUCUGACCUUUUGCCGCUGCUCCACGACCCCGACGUCGAGGUCAGGACCAACGCGGCGGGAGUUUGCAUGAACACGCUCAUCAUCACCGCAGGUAAAGUCCAGGCUCUGAAGCUGGGUCUGCUCCCGGUCUUGUUGGACCUGGUCUCUCCGGAGGAUCUCGGUCCAGACUCUCUGGACCUGAACCAGACCCUGGACCAGACCCAGGGGAAGGCUUUGGUCCUGUACUGUCUCCGAGCCCUGACGGCGCUCAGCGAGGCCCCGGCCGCACGCUGCCUCCUCAUGGAACAGCGCCCCCGUCUGGAGAGGAGGAGAGACACAGACCCCGAGCUGAGACAGGCCACAGAGACGGCGCUCAGGGUCAUCAGCUGGACCCCGUAAUAAACCAGAAACCUCUGACCGGACCGGAGCUAGGCCAGGUUUAGUCCAGGUUUAGUCCAGGUUUGGUUCAGGUUUAGUCCAGGUUUAGUCCAGGUUUGGUUCAGGUUUAGUCCAGGUUUAGUCCAGGUUUAGUCCAGGUUUGUCCAGGUUUGGUCCUGGGUUAGUGGUGGUUUUAUACAGAACAGAGAUGCUUAUUGUGUUGGUUUCAUGAUUUUGUUGAGCUCAGACUUGCUCAGCUGCAGGAUAAGUUACAGUUACAGAACAUUACACUGGUAUCGGUUGGUAUCGGUUGGUAUUGAGCAUUACUCGAUACUUAAAGCCAAUGUAUCCAUAUCGAUAUCACUGAUAUUAGUCAGUUAGCUCCAGGGUUUAUUCUAGGGAUAGUUUUGGUUUAAUAAUUACUCCAACAAGAAAAUAAAACUACAUUCUUUAGAAUAUAACCUUUAAACCAUCUCUAUGGAGCUGCUCUUGUGGCUGCCUGGCUCACACACUGAGCAGCUUUUGAAUCUUUUUGUUUUUUGAGCUCUGUUUUAAACAUCAUUUCAUUUUAAGGACACAAAUGUGGUAAAUGAGACAUUUUUUUCUGUAUUUUUUUCCCAUGGAGUCUGUGAAAGAAUCUAUGAACCUUUGAGAUGCUUCAACCUCGUGGAGUCAGUCAAGACAAAAUCUGCCCACAGCAGUGAAGCUGAAACAUCACAGACUCUGAACUUUUACUACAUCUGCUACUGCACUCAAGUGUGGAGAAUGUUUUAUGUAAUAUAACAGUGACAAAUAAACUCAUUUAACCCAGGAUAAAUCCAGAGGAUCAAACCCAGUCAAUGAAGGACCCUGGUCUCUGAGCGUGUCCUUAAUGUGGACGCUCUCAUUCACAGCAGCAGGUCACCUGUGGGUGCUUGUAUGGGUGCUUGUAUGGGUGCUUGUAUGGGUGCUGUGGGUGCUGUGGGUGCUGUCGGUGCUCUGAGUGUUCUGCUCUAGUGACUCUGAAAGAGACUUGACCCUCACUCGCCUGAAGCCCCUUCAGUGUCUGACAUCAGAGCUCAGUCUCUUAAAACCACAGAC